AUGCCCGCCACCACACAAGAGGCCUCAAAGGCACCACAGGCCCCCGCCCCACGCACGGGCAUUAUUGCUGGCUUCAACAAGGGCCACAAGACCACCCGCCGCGCCCGCGCCCCGUCCUCCAACGACCGCUACGCUCUCCCGCACAAGAAGCUGCGCGCUGUGAAGGCAAUCAUCACUGAUCUCGUCGGUCUGUCCCCCAUGGAAAGGCGCGUUCAGGAGCUGCUGCGUGUUGGUAAGGAUAAGCGCGCGCUCAAGUUCUGUAAGAAGCGCCUUGGUAACUUCAAGGCCGCUAAGAAGAGACGCGCCAAGAUGGAGGAGGCCCUUCGCCACCAGACCAAGAAGAAGUAG